GCAGGCGUCGUCCCGUCGUAAUCUGGUCACCUUGGAGCGUUAGGAUGUUAAUCAACCUCCGCGUAGGUCUGCUUUUCUCCUCUCUCCCGCCCCUUAAAGGGGCUGGGGAUUUUAAGCAAGCACCUCGAGUAGCGUUUGGCUCUCUCCUCUCGUUCGCCCCCGCCUCUCAUACCUUCUAAGUCAAAGUGAGACGCGGGGUCCAGAAGUCUGGGAAAGCCGUAAGUCUGACUGCCUCUUUGGCAGGUAGUAGUGAGUUCUUGGUUUCUGGAGGUUUUUAAGCAAGGACUGGAAUUUGGCAGUGGUGUAGUAUAAGCACUUCCUAAGCUGUAUCUACUGUACUAGAUAAGCCCUUAAAAAAAAAAAUCGUUGUAGCCCUGAAAAGCAUGAUGGUGCAGUAGAAUUUGGCUGGAGAACAUCCACCUUCAGCACAGAGCAGUCUACUUAAAACUAAAAACGGAAAGAGUGGGCCAGUUUUCAGUAUUUGUGUUGUGAGGGUCACUGUAAUAAACCUGCAGACGUUUGACCUGGACCGGGCAAGCAGUCUCUGUACUACCUGGUUCUCACGCUCUAGAUUUUUAUCCUCUAGAGCUCUUUGAGUACACGCCCCCUCCACUACAAAGACAGUUGCGGUUCCUAAUGAAAGCAGUUCCUUGUUGGCACUCAUAAGCAAGAAAAUUUUGUCAUAUCUCCGUAGAAACGCUACUUUGGGCCUGGAAAACCCAGGAGUACGUGUAGUUUUGCCACUUCUUAAGGACCUGGGGAGGACUCCAUUUCCCAAGAACUUGAUGGUGGUGAAGUGCUGGUUGUAAUUUAGAAAGACUGCCCUUCAGUGUUUUAAAAACCUCUUGGCGUUGGCGUAAGAGCUGAGAGCCGGUCCGACGGGCUGGGAAGCCAUGGAAGCUGCUGGGAAAGAGGAAAUCAGUGUUGAAGAUGAAGCUGUGGAUAAAAACAUUUUCAAAGACUGCAGCAAGAUUGCUUUCUACAGGCAUUUGUAUACUCUGUAUCUGUAGGCGUCAGAAACAGCAGCUCUCCACAAAGUCCACCUAUCAGGCAUUACUAGACUCCGCCACAAAAGGCAAAGACAGCACCAAGUUCCAAAUCCUCAAUGAAGCAACUAAGGUUCCUCUUCUGGCUGAAGUUUAUGGUAUAGAGGGAAAUAUUUUCAGGCUUAAAAUCAAUGAAGAAACUCCCCUGAAACCGAGAUAUGAAGUUCCUGAUGUUGUCACAAGCAAGCCACGCACCAUAAGGCUGAUUUCAUCCUCAGGGGAUGCAGGUAGUCUGGUAUUGGCUGAUGGAAAAGGAGAUCUGAAGUGUCAUAUCACAGCAAACCCAUUCAAGGUAGAUUUAGUGUCUGAAGAAGAGGUUGUGAUGAGCAUAAACUCCCUGGGCCACUUGUACUUUGAGCACCUGCAAGUUCCUCUCAAGAAAAGGAGAACAAUGGAUGAACACGGUGAAAACUUCAAUAAGGAGAUAGAAAAUACAAAAAGAACCCAUCAGCUGAAGGAUAAAAUAACUGAAAUGAGAAAUACACUAGAGGGAAUCAGCAGAUUAGAUGACGCAGAAGAACCGAUCAGCAAUCUGGAAGACAGAGCUACCAAAGAAAAUAAGGAGGACACAUCAGUUGACGCUUCUCAGGAAAACCAAGAGGAUCUAGGCUUGUGGGAGGAGAAAUUCGGAAAAUUUGUGGAUGUCAAAGUUAAUGGCCCUGCUUCCAUUGGUUUGGAUUUCUCCUUGCACGGAUUUGAGCAUCUUUACGGGAUCCCACAACAUGCAGAAUCACACCAACUUAAAAAUACUGGUGAUGGCGAUGCUUACCGUCUUUAUAAUCUGGAUGUCUAUGGAUAUAAAAUACAUGACAAAAUGGGCAUUUAUGGUUCAGUGCCUUAUCUCCUGGCCCACAAACCAGGCAGGACUCUAGGCAUUUUUUGGCUGAAUGCCUCAGAAACGCUAGUGGAGAUCAAUACAGAGCCUGCAGUAAAGUACACACUGACCCAGAUGGGCCCCGUUGCAGCUAAACAAAAGGUCAGAUCUCGAACUGAUGUGCACUGGAUGUCAGAGAGUGGAAUCAUUGAUGUUUUUCUGCUGACAGGACCUACACCUUCUGAUGUUUUCAAGCAGUACUCAUACCUUACAGGCACACAAGCCAUGCCCCCUCUCUUCUCUCUGGGGUACCAUCAGUGCCGCUGGAACUAUGAGGAUGAGCAGGAUGUAAAAGCAGUGGAUGCAGGAUUUGAUGAGCAUGACAUUCCUUAUGAUGUCAUGUGGCUGGACAUAGAGCAUACCGAGGGCAAAAGGUACUUCACCUGGGACAAGAAAAGAUUCCCAAAUCCCAAAAGGAUGCAAGAGCUUCUCAGAAACAAAAAACGUAAGCUUGUGGUCAUCAGUGACCCCCACAUCAAGAUUGAUCCUGACUACUCAGUGUAUGCUGAAGCCAAAGAACAGGGCUUCUUUGUGAGGAAUCACAAAGGAGGAGACUUUGAAGGGGUAUGCUGGCCUGGUCUCUCCUCUUACCUGGAUUUCACCAAUCCCAAGGUCAGAGAGUGGUAUUCAAGUCUUUUCACUUUCUCUGCCUAUCAGGGAUCUACUGACAUCCUCUACAUAUGGAACGACAUGAAUGAGCCCUCUGUCUUCAGAGGACCAGAGCUAACCAUGCAGAAGAAUGCCAUUCAUCAUGGCAAUUGGGAGCACAGGGAACUUCACAACAUCUAUGGUUUUUAUCAGCAAAUGGCUACUGCAGAAGGACUGAUACAGCGAUCUAAAGGAAAGGAGAGACCCUUUGUUCUUACACGUUCUUUCUUUGCUGGAUCACAAAAGUAUGGUGCUGUGUGGACAGGCGACAACACGGCAGAAUGGAGCUACCUGAAAAUUUCUAUCCCUAUGUUACUCACCCUCAGCGUUACUGGGAUCCCUUUUUGUGGAGCUGACGUAGGUGGCUUCAUUGGGAAUCCAGAAGCAGAGCUGCUAGUGCGUUGGUACCAGGCCGGAGCCUACCAGCCCUUCUUCCGGGGCCACGCUACCAUGAACACCAAGCGGCGGGAGCCAUGGCUCUUUGGGGAGGAACACACCCGUCUCAUCCGAGAAGCCAUCAGACAGCGCUACACCCUCCUGCCCUAUUGGUAUUCUCUGUUCUACCGGGCACACGUGGCUGCCGAACCCGUCAUGAGGCCUCUAUGGAUAGAGUUCCCAGAGGAAUUAAACACUUUUGGUGUGGAAGAUGAAUACAUGCUAGGAAGUGCUUUAUUGGUUCAUCCAGUCACAGAACCAAAAGCCACCACAGUCAGUGUGUUUCUGCCAGGAUCAAAUGAGGUCUGGUAUGACUCUAAAACAGGUACUCAUUGGGAAGGAGCAUGUACUGUGAAGAUCCCAGUAACUUUGGACACUAUACCAGUGUUUCAACGAGGUGGAAGUAUAGUGCCCAUAAAGACAACUAUAGGAAAAUCCACAGGCUACAUGACUGAUUCCCCAUAUGGACUCCGGGUGGCUCUCAGCACUAAGGGUUCUGCCGUGGGUGAACUCUAUCUCGACGAUGGCCAUUCAUUCCAGUACCUCCACCAGAAGCAAUUCUUGCAUAGGAAGUUUUCAUUCUUGUCAGGUGUUUUGACCAACAGUUGUGCUGACAAAAGAGGUCAUCAUCCCAGCAAGUGUGUGGUGGAGCGGGUCUUCGUCCUUGGCCUCAAGAAGCAGCCAUCUUCUGUGACCACCCAUUCAUCUGACGGUAAAGAAGAGCCUGUGGUUUUUACAUAUUGUACCACAAUGGCCACCCUGAGCCUGGAGAAGCUGUCACUGAACAUCGGCGUUGACUGGGAGGUCCACAUCAAAUAACUGUGACGUGCACCCAGUGACGGGCUCAGGAAGCAGCCUGCACCUUUCAGCCUUUCCCUUGGCCUUUUCUGAUAUUUGUGCUGCGUGCUAAUUGACUUCUCUGGCUAACAAUUAGCUUUCAUUAGGCACCACUUUACUAACAAAAACAGAUUUCAAGUUUUACAUUUUUAGAGGUACUAGGAAUACUUUUUGGGUCAAACACCACCUCAUCUCCUAGAUGCAGGUAGCCCUGAGACUUUUAUAGAGUUCAUUAAUCUUCCAUUGCUUCUUGGACUGUGGCCCUCUGGUCAGCACUGUGGCCCAAUGAAUAGCUUCUCUUUGAGCACAGCUGGAUGGUUGUGUGUGUGUGUGUGUGUGUGUGUGUGUGUGUGUGUGUGUGUGUGUGUUUAAGUAAACUCUGCCCUCAAUGUGGGGCUUAAACUUACAACCCAGAAAUCAAGAGUUGCAUGCUUUACAAUUGAGCCAGCCAGGCACCCUGGAUGGAUUUGUUAUAUAUGAGAUGUGGGCCAAACCCACUGUUUGUGGCCCAUUUGUGGAAGCUUGCCUCAGGCCAUGCAGCAGGAUCAGUCUGGCUACAGUGGCUGAGCUACUCAGGGCCUGUCUCCAAGGGGACAGCAGCCUCUCAUACCCCUCAGUCAUCUUUCACCCACUUAGAUGUGGGCAAAACCACCCUUUUCUGCUUGCACUGCAUACGCUGAAGCAACAGGGAAUUAUUCUCCCCUAAAGAUUGACUGUGAAGCACAAAGGAUUCUUUUCCGUGUUGUGCUUGUUGGGCUUCAAAGUUCCCAAUUAAUCUUCUUAAAAUCCUAAUUUACCUUAAUUGUUUUUAUUAAAUACUGUUUACUGACCACAGAAGAUUUGUAACAUGAGUAAGCUAUAUUUUAUAAUUAAUAAUAACAUGAACACCCAUGUCCCCACAACUGAACUUCAGAAAUAGAACACAGGGCCAGGAUGAGGGUGAGGUAAGUCAGGCACAAAAACUCUUGCCUUGGGCACAAAAUUAAGGGGGUACCAAAAAAAUGCAAUAAUCAAAAUAAUAUUUUAGUGUAGUAUUUUUCAAAAUCAAAAUUAAUGCAAAAAAUAAUCCAUGAUGAACAAAAUAUCAAAAUUUU